AUGGGUGUCCCCUUCGAAGCUCUUAUCCCCUAUGGGAUCAUUAUCGCUAUGUUCGGCGUUACCGGUGCUGGUCUCACUGCCGCUAAAUACUUUGGCAAUGAAGGAAAGAAGGCGCGGUGGAACAAGGAUCUGUGGGAUAGAGUAAUGAUGGAGAGAGAUUUGCGAAUCACAGGGACCUUGCGCGGCCAGUCAUCCAAUGCCGUAGCACCCAAGGGCUUCGACGUCAGCAACCCAUGGAAGCUUGAAAAACGGAUUUUCUAA